AUGUCUGCUAAGGCUAUAGCGAAAUGUUUUUGGCACCGUGAAGUUGAGGGGGAACUGCUGGAGCAUAGUCUUCGAGAAGAAUGGGUAUUUUCAUCAUCAAAAGCCACACUUACUUCUGGAAACUAUGAUGAUGCUAUGGAAUAUUUUGACCGAAAAAGAUCGAAUGAAAUCUAUCCGCAUCACUGCUCAGACCAUUGCAAGGGGAAAGGUGAGAUAACUUUUCGUACUGCAAUUCUUAUAAUAUGAUAUAUAUAAUACAUAUGUGAACUAUAUUAAGAACAAAAAAAAUGUUCUUUGUAUCUUGAAUGCUGAUUGGCUAGUUGCAAAAGCUAUGCUGAAUUUCACUAGCUGUGGACAAGGGUGCAAGAUUACAGCUCACAAAGGGUGCGAUUAAUGCUUAAAUCGCACUCCAUUGAAAUUGCAGUACCACUGAUUUCAGAAGAUAUAUAUGUAGUUACUUAAGAAAGUAGUCUGAUUUAAAAGGGUUAAUAAAUAUGUACUGUACUGUACUUUAUUUGAAAGUACUUCGAAGUAAAUAAUCAAAUCAUUAAAUGUGGAUUAUAGAUAAUAUAAAAAUUAUGUGCAUGAAGUAUAAUAUAUACUUGUCACCUAAAUUGUGUAGGUUGUGGCCAGUUGUAUGUCGCUGACGGGAACUGGAAACUUCGCUAUGCCCAUUGCAUGUGGAAAGUUCCUGUUGAAAUACCCGGAUUUGGAAAAGUCAUCAACUACCCUAGCAUCUGUCCUCUCUCACCAAAAAGAGGACAUGUGUUCUGCCCAGCUCACUGUGAGAGAUCACAAGCACUUGGACAUCCAACAGAGUUGAGGGAAUUUUUUAAAAGGUGUGGUGUUGCUGAGCGAGAUGUUGAAGAAGGUUUGUUGCAGAAUAUUGUAUAUUAUCAUGAACUGUUCUAAAGGGUUGCUAGAAGAAAUUAAACCCACGCACUGUAUUUAUUCCUAUUUUUUGUUCCAUUGAUUAUUUUUUCUUUCAAAUGAACUGAAAACCUACUUUGGAUUGACAUUAUGAGACUGGCUGUAAGAUGUCUAAUUGCAUUUGGUUAUAGUAAAGAAUGUAGUGUAUUACAUGAGAGGCUAGUUUUACGAGGUUUUUCUCGACUAUGUUCGAAAUACCUAUUAAGUAUAAUACCUUUAAGACUAAAUUUAUCAAGAGAAUAGUCAAUUGGUUCCUUAAUUCAGUUUUCAGUAUACAUUUCUGAAAAUGGUGAUGGUGGUCUUGGUAUUCAUUAUAAGCAAAUAAAGCAAUUUAUUUUAUUAUUACUGUAUAUUCUUAUACAUUUUAGUUGUGAAAGAAAUAUCUUUAGACGUUUCAUUAAGUGGUAUGUUUAAUUAAAUUAAUCUUGAAACUGAUUUACUGUAAUUGAUUUUGCACUGUAGCCUCAGUUUUUUGUGAGCAGUCAAUAAAAUAGCUUUGCUUUACAUGUUUUAGAUACUAAUCUCGAAUCUGUCAGCAAGUGUUUGGAUGAAUUUGCUGACAGCGAUCUGAACGAAAGUAGAGAUAACGCUUCUACAUUUCAAGGUAGAAUAACUUGGGUUCUUGCAAACUCAAAUAUAUAUUUGCGUGGAGACAAUUAA